AUGAAGUACAGCCCAAGUUCUCCCCAGUCAUUCGCCCUCUCUUAUGUUUCCAAUUCCCGCUUCCACCGCUCCUUCACAUUUGACUCCCCUACAGCUCAUGGCCCCCUGAACGUGACCUACGGCGAGUAUGGUCGCAAGCCCAUUGAGCACGGCCAUACCCCGACUCUUCUCUUAAUGCCGGGCAUGUUUUCAUCCCGGUACAUUGGAGUAUGUCUUCACGCAAUGGCCGAGAAAUGGGGUGUGCACCUUGUGGUUGUUGACCGUCCCGGAAUGGGCAAUUCCACCGACGUGCCGCUGGCGCAGCGGGUGUCCGUCUGGGUUGAAACAGUCCCACGACUUUUGGCACACCUAGGCAUCCAGCACGUAGCGUUGGCAUCGCAUAGUGCUGGGACUAUCUAUCUGCUGAAUACCUUGUAUUGUUGUCGGGAUAUCUUGCAUCCUGAAAAACCAAUGGUCUCGCUUCUAGCGCCGUGGGUCGAUCCCGCCAUAUCGGGGAUUACAUCCAUGAAAAUGGCGCAAUACAUCCCCACCCCAGCCUUCAAGUUAUGGCACCACAUCCCGCGCCUUUUCCUUGUGCAGGAUGGGUCUGUCACAGCGUCCAGCGGAGCAAUGAUUACCAAGCUUUCUGCUAUGGUUUCGACCAAGAGCAGUGAAUACCAGACUCAGAACCGGGGGUAUAUAGCACAGAACUACGGAUUGAGCCCGGAGCAGCAGAAGGAGAUAGACUCUUCGAUGAUGCAGUUCAUGUUCCAGGAGAAUACUGUCGGGUCUAACAGUGAGGCGCUGCAGUGUCUACGGAAAGAACCUAACACGUGGGGCAAAUGUGAGGAUUAUGAGGUCUUUGUGAAAGAGUUGGCAGAGCGCGAAGGAGGACGAGCAGGUGUGCCGUUGAAAGUACGGGUCUUCUUUGCUGAGUCUGAUAGCAUGAUUGGCGUGAAGGGACAGGCUUAUAUUGAGAAGUGUUGGCAUCAGAGAGGCGAUGGGGAUUCGAGAAGUGUGAUCGAAUUCGAUUCAAGAGUAGUGUCUAGCACUGAUCAUGAUAGUUUGAUGCAGUCCGCAGAGGCAUGGGAGAGUAUCUUCAAAGAAAUCCCAGGUGCAGAGGAUAACACGUUAAGUUAG